GUCUGGGCCUCGUCCCCUUCUCUGUGUCUCCGUCUAGUCCCCCAUCUCGUCCCCGACACUGACACCCCAGGCUCCUGCACUCUCUCUUCGGUCCCAGCCUCGCUCUCCAAUCCGAGGUAUCCGCGCCAUCCGAGGAUCUGCCUCCAGGCCACCCCCAACUUUGCACCGGCCCCCAAGGGCUACCUAGGACCAUGACUAAGACGGAUCCUGCCCCAAUGGCCCCUCCGCCCCGAGGGGAGGAGGAAGAGGAGGAGGAAGAAGAUGAACCGGUCCCAGAAGCCCCCAGCCCCACCCAGGAGCGCCGGCAGAAGCCAGUUGUGCACCCCUCGGCACCUGCUCCGCUCCCCAAAGACUACGCUUUUACCUUCUUCGAUCCCAAUGACCCUGCGUGUCAGGAAAUUCUCUUCGAUCCGAAGACUACCAUCCCAGAGCUGUUCGCCAUUGUACGCCAGUGGGUUCCCCAAGUCCAGCACAAGAUAGACGUCAUUGGCAAUGAGAUUCUGCGUCGUGGCUGCCACGUGAACGAUCGUGACGGGCUCACAGAUAUGACACUGCUCCAUUAUGCGUGCAAGGCUGGGGCCCAUGGAGUUGGGGACCCUGCGGCCGCUGUGCGUCUCUCACAGCAGCUGCUGGCACUGGGCGCGGAUGUGACCUUGCGCAGCCGCUGGACCAACAUGAACGCACUUCACUACGCCGCCUAUUUCGACGUGCCCGACCUUGUGCGCGUGCUGCUGAAAGGGGCGAGGCCCAGGGUGGUGAACUCCACCUGCAGUGACUUCAACCAUGGUUCAGCUCUGCACAUCGCUGCCUCGAAUCUGUGCCUGGGCGCCGCCAAAUGUUUACUGGAGCAUGGUGCCAACCCAGCACUGAGGAACCGGAAGGGACAGGUACCAGCGGAAGUGGUCCCAGACCCCAUGGACAUGUCCCUUGACAAGGCAGAGGCGGCCCUGGUGGCCAAGGAACUGCGGACACUGCUAGAAGAGGCCGUGCCACUGUCCUGCACCCUGCCCAAAGUCACACUACCCAACUAUGACAACGUCCCAGGCAAUCUCAUGCUCAGCGCGCUGGGCCUGCGCCUAGGAGACCGAGUGCUCCUGGAUGGCCAGAAGACGGGUACGCUGAGGUUCUGCGGGACCACCGAGUUCGCCAGCGGCCAGUGGGUGGGCGUGGAGCUCGAUGAACCGGAAGGCAAGAAUGACGGCAGCGUUGGGGGUAUCCGGUACUUCAUCUGCCCUCCUAAGCAGGGUCUCUUUGCAUCUGUGUCCAAGGUCUCCAAGGCGGUGGAUGCACCCCCCUCAUCUGUUACCUCCACGCCCCGGACUCCCCGGAUGGACUUCUCCCGUGUGACUGGCAAAGGCCGAAGGGAACACAAAGGGAAGAAGAAGUCCCCAUCUUCCCCAUCUCUGGGCAGCAUGCAGCAGCGUGAUGUGGCCAAAGCUGAAGUUGGAGACCAAGUCCUUGUGGCAGGCCAGAAGCAGGGGACUGUACGCUUCUAUGGGAAGACCGACUUUGCUCCAGGUUACUGGUAUGGCAUCGAGCUGGAUCAGCCCACAGGCAAACAUGACGGCUCUGUGUUUGGUGUCCGGUACUUUACCUGUGCCCCGAGGCAUGGGGUCUUUGCACCAGCAUCUCGUAUCCAGAGGAUUGGUGGGUCCGCCGACACCCCUGGAGACAGUGUUGGAGCCAAAAAAGUGCAUCAAGUGACAAUGACACAACCCAAACGCACCUUCACAACAGUCCGGACCCCAAAGGACAUUGCGUCAGAGAACUCUAUCUCCAGGUUACUCUUCUGCUGCUGGUUUCCUUGGAUGCUGAGGGCAGAGAUGCAGUCUUAGAGGCCCUGGAUACCUCACACAGAGACAGAGUCCCCUCUAGCCUCUCCUGACACAAGGACCCCCCCCCCCCAGUCACCCCAAGAUAGAGAUUCCCAGUGACGCCUCCAGAAUAGAAACCCCCUGUUAGCCAGCCCUCGAUUACUGAGGCCCCAUUAUUAACAGAUCUCCCAUGAUGACGACUCCCCAAAUACAGACCUCAUGUUACCCCUACCCCCCCCCAAAGAGAUUCCCUGAGUAGCACCUUCAGGCUAGUCCCUGACCCCUACCCCUCAGAGCAGAUUUCCCCCAAUAAACAUUUUCCACAUAA